AUGGCACGAUUCUUUGAUAUGGGGGAGGAGGGCGACGACGGCGCCAGUCAUCCGCCCGAAGAUCUGAUUACACAGACGUUGCAAGCGAAGAACCAGCUACAAGAUAAAGGUGGCGAGCUCGCAGCGGCGCCCGCUGCCACAUCGCACUGUUCAGAAUCGAUUGCUAGAGCAUUUCAGUGUUAUCCUCCCGAGGAGCUGCUUCGUUACCGCGCCCGUGCCAGCAAUUGGCAUUACAUGGAAGACGGCCGCAACUACAACGGCAAGUCGGGCACCUGCGCUCGGGACAUGGUAGAUGAAUGUAGAAAGUGUGGCGAGGUGAUCUGCCGAAACUGUUCAAUUAAACCACCUGCGCCAGUCGCGCUUCGUGAAAGACAUCGUAGGCUGUGCAGAACUUGCAUCAAGGCGCCGAUUGCGGCCUUGGCGAUCCCCCGCCUCGACCCAGAGUUGCCAUUCGGUUCGGAUGCUGUGCAACAAUCCCUUUGCAAAUGCGAAAAAGCGGGUGUCUGGCUCUGCCAGCCAUGUGGCAGAAGCAUCCGAGCGGCUGACAAUGAGUACCGAAGUAUAUGGCGCUGGCGUAAUCAGUAUGGAGAAGUGCUUGGCGGGCUAGGCACUGGUAUUGGUGACGGUGACCGUGGCGUCAUUUGCGGUCGAGGAGAAGAGUGUCUCGCCGCCAAAGACCGCGAGCAAGAGAUCGAUUGCGAUGCCCAGGACGCUCGUGAAAGUGGCACAGCCCCAUGGGUCAAUGAGCCUCCGGUGUGGACGACGACAUCAACGCCCUCGCCGCCCGCCCUGGGUGUGUCUGACAGUCCUGCGGGAUCGCCGUUUGGGCCAGCUACGCCUCUUGGGGCACUCAUUGAAGAAGAGCGCCAUGAACACACCCCAUCGCCCCAGCUGGGCCCUGGCUAUGAGCGGCAUGAGAUUGAGGGGAUUGGCGGCAGAGUCAAGCGCAAGUUAGUCCGCAUGGUCCGGAUCGGUGCCUGUGUUCCUGAAUGGGACGAUGAAAAGGGUUUCGGUGGUCGUGUGCUCGAAUCAGAAAUCAAAGGGUGUGCCCGAAGUUGGUGCGGCUGGUGCUGGAGGGUAAUUCCCGGCAAGAAGGACCUUAAUACCGACAAGGCUUCCUCGUUUAGCGGUUGUGAGAACCGCCAGUGUGCCCUAUGA